ACUUUGGUUCCGCUUUCUGAAUCCAGGCUAGCUUGUGUCUGGUUGGUUGUUGAAAGUUAAAGUUCUCCCGCUUCAUUUUGAUUGGUUCGUGUAUUUUGGGGGGCGAAAUUCAAACUGGUUAAGGUACUGGCGCUUUUACUGAGUUCAGAAAGCAGUGAGAGAGUAGUUUAAGCAGCAGUGUUUGGUGAACUGAAGCAGCACUGAGGAUAUUCAAGAAACUGUAAUACAAAUAACAAGAAAUUAAGUCACUUAGGGAGGUGACUUUUUUCUUUUGAAAAUGAAGUGCCAGUAUACCAGCCAGAAAAAGCAAUCCAGCCCCUGUGUUAAACAAGAUGAAGGUUAUUACAACAAAGAAGAUUCACCAGCAUCAAAUCAAACAUCACCUUUCAAGGAUUAUGCAGAUGCUUAUCUUCAAGAAAAUAAAUCGAUGAAUACUAAAAUUAGAAGUUUAGAUUUUACAGAUGAAGUUGAGCCCAUCCACAAUAAAGAAAAUAGAGAAGAUCUGUCUCUCUCUAGAUUUGGUGAUGGCGGGGAGUGUGGGUCUGACUUUACCCUGAGCAGUAGCCCACAAGAAGACAGUGGGUACCUGUCUUUUUGUAGCAGUCAGGGCUGUAGCUCAUUUGAUCAUGUACAACUUGACUCUGGAAUAGCUGCAGAUUGUAGUAAUCCCAAAGUAACUGUUUUCCACACACCUGGUAGAGUAAGACCCAUAAGAGAACUCCAAAAUGCUUCUCCAACUGACUUGAAACUGCUCCCAGCCCUGCAGUUUGAGAAUGCAGUUUGUUCUGCCUUGAUAAACUGCCAUAAAAAAACUCAGAAAUUUGAUUGGACUUUAAUUGAUAAAAUUGCAGGGGAUUUUAGUCUCCAGAACAUAAUAGGGAGAAAAAUGGGACUUGAACAAGUGGAUAUUCUACAGGAGCUGCUGCAGAGAGACAUGAAACAUCUUAUAGCAAAGUUACUACGUUGUCUGGGGGAUAUUGAUCUUAUAAACUUUGCAAGAGUGAGCAAAACCUGGCAACGGAUCAUCUGUGAGGAUAAACUGGCAACCCAGAUGCACACAGAAGCUAAAGCGAGGCUAAUGGCAAGUUCUGCAAAAAGACGAGCAGAGGUUACUACGAGGCACAAUGCAGUUUCCAGGGUAGUGUUAUCUUGCAUUCAGGGAUUGGCUUCAACACCCAUUCAGACACCAUUAGGGGGGACAACGCAGAAAAAAAUGAACCAGAGCAAUAGAUCUCCACCAAGUCGACAUGCAGAGUUUCAAAAGGCUGCCAAUAAGCUAAAACACCAAGAGUCUCUAAAAAAAUGUGGACAUUGUGGGUCUCCUGCAAAGUUUUAUCCCCACCUACAGAGGGCGACAUGUAGCCGUGCAAGCUGCGGUUCUGACUUCUGCACAGAAUGUCACUGUGACUACCAUGGUUUGUCAAAUUGUGUAACUGGAAAAAUAGAAACCUAUAGCAAGAAAUCAGGACCAUUACCAGGAAGUGGCAAGAGCAAAAGGAAUUUGAAAAGACUUUAAAAAAAACUAAAUAAAUAAAUAAAUGUAUAAAAAAAUGUAAAUGUAGAAGCAAAAUGUAUUUUGGAGUGCAUUUCCAUUGUCACACAUUUAGGAAUUUAAAUCUUUUUUAUUUAUUAUUUUUUAAAUUUUAGAAGGAAAUAUUUUAUUACUAUUAGAUUGAUACUGGCAAUGUUUAAACUCUUUUAAUAUGCUACUGUAUCUACGGGGGAGGGGGGGUCAAGAAGUGUUGUGAAUACUGUGUGUAAAUAUGUUUAUUUAAAAUGUAUGUUUCAUGUAAAUAUGUUUAUUGUCGGUCAAUAAAGCUAUUUUAUGAGAAGUAAUGACUUAAUAAUUUGAAUGUUGAGUAAAUGCAUUACAUAUUAAACAUGGGUUACAUCGUUACUUUUAUCCCUGGUCAU